AUGGGCCGCGGGGGAGGGGACGGAGCCCACCAGCUUACCUGGCCUACCCGCGCCAUCGCGCGCCGCGUCGCCGCCUCCGUCGCCUCCGCUCACUCGCUCCUCCCGACUCCGGGCCAAACGCCCCCAACCCCGGGGAAAGGCCGCCUGCUGCGGCGCUUCCACACGCCCCGUCGUCGGCUGUGGGCGCGACAGCCUGGGAUGGCAGCUCCCACAACCCCCGCUCGGCCCGUCCGUUCCCGUUUCAAUACCCCGGCGCCCCUGCCCGUCCGUAGCCCCCCGGGCCCACACCGCCGGGAAAGCGCCCGGUCGGCCGCAAAGUCCCCGCCCCCGCCUUACGCUUUGCGACUUUACCGUGAAGCAGCCCCUGGCGUCGUCGCGACGCUGCCGUGUGCCGCGGGAGCCGGCGGUCGCCGGACCAUGGCGGCCUUAGGCUCUAAGGGAAAGACCCUCGUCCGCCCGCUCUGCCGAACCUUCGUUGGUCGAGACCACCAGCUCGCCCCAGAGUGCGGCGCCGAGCGCAGGGAGGCGGCUCAGAGUGGGGUCUUGAGAUUCUGCCCGCCAAGAAAAUCUUGCCACGAUUGGAUUGGACCCCCAGAUAGACACUCAAACCUCCGACCUGUUCAGUUUUAUAUCCCAGAAGAUGAAUCACCACUGGAACAAAAGCUUCGAGAGCUAAGACAAGAAACACAAGAAUGGAACCAGCGAUUCUGGGCAAACCAGAAUUUGACUUUUAGUAAGGAGAAAGAAGAGUUUAUUUGUGCCAGACUGACAGCUAAAGGCCUGGGACGGAGAACUGAGUCAGGUCAAAAGGCAUCACUGACUGCUGAGGAAAUGGCUGACUUUUACAAGGAAUUUUUCAGUCGGAAUUUUCAGAAGCACGUGGAUUAUAACAGAGACUGGUACCGGCGCAACUUUGCCAUCACUUACUUCAUGGGGAAAGUGGCCCUGCAGAGGACUUGGAAACGGCUCCGACAGAAGCAAAUAGUGACCAGCAGCUAG